ACUUUUAAGACAAGCAAAAUAACGGAUAAGGUCACGAGGCUAAAGAACUUGAUAUUGUCCUAUUGAUGUCAGUAGUGUAGGGUUUCUCUAAGUACUGUUUCAAUGCAAAACAAAGCAUCAAGGUAGCGCCAAUGCAAAAUUCACACGGACACUAAGCGGUUAACACACACUCCAAGCAACCUAACGACAAGAUAAUACUAUUUUUCAAAAGGGCAAAGAUGGAGUGUAAGCGUGAUGCUAUCAAGGCGUUAAGGCAGAGGCUCGGCGUGGAACCUGUCGUGUUCAUAUACUUCGUCUGGGUGUUCAAGAUGAUCCCUAUUAUGAACAUCUACAUCUAUUCGCGCAUCAGCGAAGACAAAGGCUUUCCCUACAUGAAUCUUACUAAUGGGGAGGAAGGGUGUGGCGCUGAGAAUCAUGGGAACGCGACCGAUGAUCGGCUAAAACUACUGGAAAUAGAGGUACAAACUGAGACGUCAAGUCUUAUUCUCUAUUACAUCAUAGCGGCAACUAUGACAACAUUCUUCAUCGCGCCUUUCAUGGGGCCCUACACGGAUAAGAAAGGCCGUAAGCCUGGGCUGGUAAUCGCUCUCACGGGGGCAAUGGUAGAGACGAUACUCACCCUACUUAUUCUGCACCUGAAGCUUCCUCUCUGGACUAUGAUUGUAGGCGCUUUCAUAAAUGGUCUUUCUGGCAGUAUCAAUACCAUUUUGCUGUCCGUGAUGUCUUACAUUGCUGAUAGUGUGAGUCCGGAAAGACUUGGAUUUCGAUAUGCGGUCAUGCAGUUCACAAUGUUCAUAGCUGGAACAGUCAGCCAACUAACCAGUGGAUUGUGGAUCAAUAACUUCGGCUUUAAGAUUCCCGUUUGGUUUCUUUUGGGCUGCCUUUGCGCGAUCCUUGCAUACGUCAUAUUCUUGUUAGAGGAGACGAGAAUCCCCGAAAACAAGAGCAAAGUCCGAUUAUUUGAUCCCAGUAGCAUCAAAGUAUUCAUACGAGUAUUCACUAAAGAUUACGAUGCCGGCAGGAAGAACUUAUACAUGAUCCUCACGUUUCUUGGUAUUAAUAUCCUGGCAACGGUGGGAACUGGUACUGCGCAGUUGCUCUUCGUAUUGCUAAGGCCACUUUGCUGGGCACCGAGUCUUAUUGGCUAUUACCUGGCGUACAAGUACUUCACUGGUGGUCUGGGUGGAGCGGUGAUGAUUUCGCUACUCAAGAAGUGUUUAAAUGAGCUCAACAUCGUCCGAGUUGGGUAUAUAAGUGUGAUGUCUGGUUUGCUGCUGUUUGCGUUCUCUGAUAGAACGUGGAUGGUGUUCUUAGGUCCUGCGGUUUCCUUUGCUCGGGGAGUCACUGAUCCUAUCUUUCUCGACAUGUCUUCUAAGAUUGUUAGCCAAGAUGAUCAAGGCUCUCUGUUUGCCGUCGUGGGAAUCCUCAGUACAAUAGGAGAGCUCGUAGGAACCAGUCUAUUCAACAACAUCUACCCCAUGUCCCUCAGAUUCGGAUUUCCAGGGCUAGUGUUCGUAAUCAGCGCCGGAAUAUUCCUGAUCAUCCUUUGUGCUACUUUCUUUUUGGUUCUCCCAGCAGACAUUUUGGGAGUCAACACCAACCAAGACGAGAAAGACAAGGCAGAGAAACGGCAUAAGUACCGCCAAGAAACGAAGGAAAAAAACGUAACGGAAGGGCUAAUUCUAGAUACGACUACUGUGUAAACAUUGUAGGCUACAAGAAAGAAUAAGCUUUCACUGCUAAUAAGUAUUUUUCAUUUUACUUUGGGAAUUUAUCAAGUACGCUUGUGACGAUUGACAUCAUUUAGUUUUUCAAUCAAAUGUCUUUACACUUAAUUCUUUUAUACAUUUUAUAUAUUUUCAAUGUUUGUAACCAUUGUAUCUAUACAGAAACGUUUGUGUGUCUAUAAAAAUCCCAGACACGAAACAGGCCGUGUCUGUUGGUUAAUAUGAAGGAA